ACCCAAACAAAAGGCACAGGAAAAUAUAUUUUAAAGUUUUUUCGGAUACAAAAUUAGUCGGAGUCGUACCGUCCUCUUCCCGAUCUGAAUCGUAGCUGUGAUAUCAGUCGCAUCAACCACCGCCGGCGGAGGAGAAAAUGGUGAAACAAAGAGGAGAAGAGUUGACCGAGGACGAAAAGAAGGCCUUAAGAGGCAGCAAAUUCGCGCCUCUCCCAUCCUUGCCCCCUCCUCGUUGCCAACCCAGGUUGUCUCAUCCUGGAGGUCCGUUGACAACGAACAAAGCGGCGGCGUUGGCGAAAUUUCUCGAGAGAAAGCUACAGAAUCCCGAUGGAUUGGACUCCAUCAAUCCGCAUCUUCUCGAACGCGCUGUUCAGAACGCUAAACGCACCGUUUUUGCAAGUGGCGCAUCGAAUUCUGGAAUCCGAAUACGGCAUGUUGACUCCUUUGAUGACUCUGAGACUGAGGACCCUCGACAGGAAGAAAAUGUGGAGAAUUCAGAGCCCAAGAAGGUGAAGAAAAAGAAUAAUAAUAAGAAGAAGAAGAUGAAAAGUGAGAAGAAAAAGAGACAACAAAAGGUUAUGGAAGACUCGGGGUGCGGUGUGGUAAAAAGGCCUAAAAAGAAGAAAGUAAAGUUGUGAUAGGGGGUGAAAUUAGGGUUCAACUUUUGUGCCUGCAAGUAGAGGCUUCAGAAGCAAAAGCUGGGUGGAAGCUGUGAAUUGUUCACUUUUGUACCAAAUGUAAGGGGCAUCAUUCUUUGAAUUCUACACUGAUUUUCUUCUCUCUUCUUACAUCACAAGUGUUCUGAUAUUUGUUUUGAUACGUCUUUUAAUUGUGAAAUCCAUUGAGCUCUAAGUACUUGCUACAGUAAUCGUAGGGAGAUUUUCUAUGA